CGGAUCGGCGCCGCUGUUGGAUUCGCGGGGCGCGCGCGCGGGCAGGCGGGAGCGGGGGCGGGCGCGGAGUCUCCUGGCACCCGCCAGACAUGUCGGUGGCGUUCGCGGCCCCGAGGCAGCGGGGCAAGGGCGAGAUCACGCCGGCCGCCAUCCAGAAGAUGUUGGAUGAAAAUAACCAUCUUAUUCAGUGUAUAAUGGACUAUCAGAACAAAGGAAAGACUUCUGAAUGCUCUCAAUACCAGCAGAUGCUGCAUACAAACUUGGUUUACCUAGCCACUAUAGCUGACUCCAACCAGAACAUGCAGUCUCUACUACCAGCACCACCCACACAGAAUAUGCCUAUGGGUCCGGGAGGGAUGAGUCAGAGCGGCCCUCCCCCACCACCACGCUCGCACAACAUGUCUUCAGAUGGUAUGGUAGGUGGGGGCCCUCCUGCACCACACAUGCAGAACCAGAUGAACGGCCAGAUGCCUGGACCUAACCACAUGCCUAUGCAAGGACCUGGACCUAACCAACUCAAUAUGACAAACAGUUCCAUGAACAUGCCUUCAAGUAGCCAUGGAUCAAUGGGUGGCUAUAAUCACUCAGUUCCAUCCUCACAGAGUAUGCCAGUGCAGAAUCAGAUGACUAUGAGCCAGGGACAGCCGAUGGGCAACUACGGUCCCAGACCAAACAUGAAUAUGCAACCGAACCAAGGUCCAAUGAUGCACCAGCAGCCUCCCUCCCAGCAGUACAACAUGCCGCAGGCAGGUGGCCAGCACUACCAGGGGCAGCAGCCGCCGAUGGGAAUGAUGGGCCAAGUUAACCAAGGAAAUCACAUGAUGGGUCAGAGACAGAUCCCUCCAUACAGGCCACCACAGCAAGGCCCACCACAGCAGUACUCAGGCCAGGAAGACUAUUAUGGGGACCAAUACAGUCAUGGUGGACAAGGUCCUCCAGAAGGCAUGAACCAGCAAUAUUACCCUGAUGGUCAUAAUGAUUACGGUUAUCAGCAACCGUCGUAUCCUGAACAAGGCUACGAUAGGCCUUAUGAGGAUUCCUCACAACAUUACUACGAAGGAGGAAACUCGCAAUAUGGUCAGCAGCAAGAUGCAUAUCAAGGACCACCCCAACAGCAGGGUUACCCACCACAACAGCAGCAAUAUCCUGGCCAACAAGGCUAUCCAGGACAACAGCAGGGUUAUGGCCCCUCCCAGAGUGGUCCAGGACCUCAGUAUCCCAAUUAUCCACAAGGACAAGGCCAGCAGUAUGGGGGAUACAGACCCACGCAGCCUGGGCCACCCCAGCCACCCCAGCAGAGGCCUUAUGGAUACGACCAGGGUCAGUAUGGAAAUUAUCAACAGUGAAAAAGUACUCACAUUCCGGUAGGCAAUAUUUGUUAGCAGCCAUAUUGUCUCCUCAGCACUGUGGACAUCUUCCCAAGAUGAGAACCUCCCAUUCCACCUAGCUUUUGGAAAAAUCUUGUGGCUGUGUUACGGUAUACAGUCUUUAUGGGUUAAUUAUUAAAGACUGUAGAUUCUCAGAAACUGAUUUCACAUCUCUACUCUAGAUGGCAAUAUUGGACAGAAAAUCUGUGACAUAACAAUUUGCAGUGAGUUGAGGACUGUAUGUCAAAUAGACUGUUACUGACUGAAAGGUGUGAACAGCUUUGUAUGUUUAUGAAGGUUAUGGGAAUUUAAUAUUUUUUUCCAUGGAUUUUUUUUGUAGGGGGGAAAGGGGAAAUACACACUUUUUACAGCAGCAAUAUUUUGUAUAUAAUGUUUUUCAUGGGGUGAAUAUGCAAGACAGUACACUAAUCGCUGGGCAGGAUAACAAAUCUACUGUUAAAAUGGGUAGGACAUGGUAAGUGCUUGAUUGUAUUAGUCUCGAAAUGGUGUACGAUCAAGAUAACAGUGAAAGAUCAAGAUAACAGUGAAAAAAGAUGGAGAGCAUCCUACAUCACUGAUAGGUUCACUUACAAAGAUAGAGAAUCCCAGUUAUCUAAAUGGGAACAUAAUUAAAGACAGUGUAAUAUAGUCUUGUGCAAAGAUUAAUUUUUUAAGCUUUCCAAUUUUUCUGAGUGAAGCGGUUUUGUAAAAAUUGUUUCUAACAGUUUGACAAUUUUCUGCAAUGUUUUUUGGGUAACAAGAUAAACGUUUGGGUUUUAUUUCUCAAGUGUUUUGUCAGAGCUUUGCAUAAGCAAGCUGUAAUCCCUCUUAUUAAUUGCAAUAACAAAGAAAAUGACAAGUGUUAAUUUUACUUGGCUUGAAUAUGCAAAGAACUUGAAAAAGAAUAUGGAGAACAGGACUGUAUUGUAUAAGUGUAUUUUAACCUUUAGUUGAAUAAUUUUUAUGUAUUAAAAUAGCCUAGAGGACUUUGUAAAACCUAUCUAAACUUUUGUUGUGGUUUAGGAAUGGUAUUCCCCAAUUUUGUGUUCCCACUGACACACUCCAAACCAUAUGCCACUCACUUGCUCCUGCUCCCCCUCCACCUCUGCUGGGGUGGCUGGAGAGGAGAAUUAGAGGCACACAAGGUAAAGAUCACCUGUUGACAUAAGAACAAUUUACUGUAAACAGCAAUGAGAUAAGAAAACAGAAAACAAACAGUAACAGCAACAAUACUAAUGACAGAGGGUACAAAAAAGAGGCAAAUGAGUCACACACAGUUACUCACCACGUGGAGCCCAGGAAUUCCUGAAUCACCCCAGGCUAAAUGACCCAAGGUGGUGCAGAAUAACCUCCGGUCCCAGCCAUGCCCCUCCUGGCUACUGCAACAAUUAACCCUGUCCUGGCUGGAACCAGGACAACUUUUCUAACUGGGAGUUAAUAAUUUUAAAAAGGGGGCACUUUUUGUGUGUGUCUGCUUUUCUUAUUGGUUAACAUGAGACCAAGGGGAUGUUUUAUUACAUCAAAUAUAAAACCUGUUGGUGAGGUAAAUGCCAAAUUUUGUUUUGAGUUGCAUUAAUGCUUCUAGUGUUGCAUGUGAGAUAGAGGCAGCACCUUGAUCAAUAGCAUAGUACACAAAAAAUUGGUUUUGAGACUGUCCUGCAACUGUGUAUCAGAUAAGUAAAAGGAUAUUCUCUUCUGCAGGAAUAUAUGCAUUCAGGAAUUCCUGGCAACAUUUAUAAAGGAUAAAAGUUAAAAUUAGUCCAGGAGUAAAAUAAUAUUUUGGUUUUUUUCAGUUGGCAAUCAAUGUUCAAGGGAAAAAAAAAGAAAGUCAACUGAUGUUCCUAAUAUGUAUGACAUUAUACAUAGAGACAAGAUUUUCAAUUUGUUCAUCCUUUUUAAAGGGAAAACAGUUUUCUUAAAGUCAGCAGAAAAUACACAUCAAGAUUUGAACAGAUAUGGCAUGAGGAACAUUAUUAUGAAUGAAAAGCUUGUAGGUUCUGUGCCAAUUUUCUACCACUGUGUACUUCAUUGCUAUUUAAAACUGUACUCCAUGAAUUCUAACGGAAGAAUAAAUUAUUUGUGAUUUUAA